AGUGUUCUCUCCUUCCCUGUCUCUCAGUUGCUAUUAGUGCUGGUCUUUUGGGUGUAGCUUUCCUCUUGGGCUUCUGUGUUUGUUUUACGUAUCGCUUUCCUCUUCCUUUUGGUCAGAAGCCUUUUUAUGAUCAGGCAAGAUAAUACUGAGCAGCGGCACCGAAUCUGCAGGACAAAAUGAGCCUUUGCUUUAAAUAUCCAAGAGACAAAUGGAGGUCCUUCCAUCGUCCCACUGCAGCAAGCAAAAACAACACUGGGCAACCCUUUAAAAUGUUUUGGACCAGUGGCCGGAGCUCUACAUCUUACAGACAUGAUGAGAAAAGAAAUAUUUACCAAAAAAUCAGGGAUCACGAUCUACUGGACAAAAGGAAAACAGUCACAGCCCUAAAAGCCGGAGAAGACCGAGCCAUACUCCUCGGGUUGGCCAUGAUGGUGUGCUCUAUCAUGAUGUACUUUCUCCUGGGAAUCACCCUGCUGCAGUCUUACAUGCAAAGCGUCUGGACGGAAGAGGCUCAGUGCUCGCUUCUUAAUGCAUCCAUCACAGAAAGCUUCAACUGCUCAUUCAGCUGCGGUCCAGACUUGAAAAUCUCUCAGUACCCCUGCCUCCAGGUGUACGUCAAUCUCACUUCUUCCGGCCAGAAGCUUCUGCUCUACCACAACGAAGAAACAAUGAAAAUUAAUUCUGAGUGUUCGUAUAUACCCAAGUGUGGCAAGAAUUAUGAAGAAUCCCUGUCGCUGGUGAACGUUGUGAUGGAAAACUUCCGAAAGUACCAACGCUUCUCCUGCUUCUAUGACCCUGAAGGCUCUCAGAAGAAUGUAAUAUUGACCAAACUAUACAGCUCUAAUGUGCUGUUUCACUCCCUCUUCUGGCCCACCUGCAUGAUGAUCGGUGGUGUUGCCAUCGUCGCGAUGGUAAAGCUGACUCAAUACCUUUCCCUCCUCUGCGAGAGAAUCCAAAGGAUCAACAGAUAAGAAUGAAAACUUUGGAGAUUCGAUUACCGCUAAAAUACUGUUUUCUCAUUCUUCACCAAAGAACCUUAAGUUUGUAACGUGCAAGUCUGUUCUAAGUUCCUUACUAUAUUCUUAUAAGUAGAGCAAUAAUGCAAAAGCUGUUCUAUAUGCAAACAUGAUGUUAUUAUUAUGCAG